AUGUUUCAGCUUGCAGUCUUCUCAUGCUUGGUAGCUUUGAGCUACGCCAGUGUGGCACCGGCAGCCAUUGCAGCGGCACCUGUAUACGCACCUGCAGCAAGAUUGGAAGAGUUCGAUCCUAGACCACAAUACAAAUUCGGAUACGAAGUAGCUGACAGUCUUACCGGUGACUACAAAACCCAAAACGAACAGCGUGAUGGAGAUGUCGUGCUUGGACAGUACUCUCUUGUGGAACCUGAUGGCACUCGCCGCAUCGUCGACUACUCCGCCGACUCUGUAAACGGAUUCAACGCGGUAGUACGCAAAGAACCCCUUGUUGCCGCCGCCCCAGCGGUUGUCGCUGAAGCCGAAGUAGUACCCGCUCGUAUCGCCGCUGCCCCCGCUGUGGCUGUCGCUGAACCAGUAGUCGCUAAAGCAGUCGCCCCAGUCGUUGCUCAGCCUGCCCCAGCAGUAUUUGCUGCUCGUUACGCUGUGGCUCCCGCUGCCAGAUACGCCGUAGCCCCUGCUCCCGUAUUCGCUAAAUACGCUGCAGCUCCUGUAGCAGCUGCUCAAUACGUUGCUGCCCCUGCUGCUAGAUACGUUGCCGCUCCCGCCGCUCAAUACGUAGCCGCUCCUGCUGCCCAAUACGUUGCCUCAUCUGCCCAAUACGUUGCCCCCGCUGCCCAGUACGUUUCUGCCCCAGCUGCCCAAUACGUAGCUGCCCCAGCGGCUCGUUAUGUCGCCGCCCCAGCUGCUCAAUACGUGGCCAGUCCAGCAGUAUACAGUGCUCGAUAUGCCGCUGCUCCUUUAGUGUCAGCAAGAUACGCUGCUCCCGUAGUAUCCUAUGCCGCUCCCGCUAACCUCGCUGUGCCAGCUACAUAUGCCGCACCUGUAGCUGCCGUCCCAGCUGCCCCCGCCCGUCUUGCUGCAGCCCCCGCUGCCCCCCAAGCCCAAGCUGCUGCUCCAGCGAAACUCGUCCAAGGCGAAGCCGCUGGUUACCGUUACCCUUAA